GUCGCACGUCUGAGGUCUAGGUGCGCAUGUGUGAAGACAGAUUUACGGCUUUUCCGGUGAUUUCAACCAAUGGAGGACGUAGUUGCCUGACCAUUAACCAAUACACCGCAGUGGAUUGGUGCAGGGCCCAGUGACGUGUUUAGGCGAUUCCUGUGAUACUGGGAUGCCGGAUGGAGUAGCUUGUGGUAACUAUGAUGGCUGAAGAAAAGCAGGAAGAGGCGAGGGCUGACUCUCCGCUCUUAGUCCUGCUGGAGCUCUCCUCAGAAGGGGAGGGAGACGGGUCGCUGCUGGCUCAGGUAGGCGCUCAGCCGGGCAGAGUGACUCCGGGAAGCGCUGUGAGGUAUUUCCCGGACCGUACACGGGAGGAAGAGGCGGGAGAGGAGGAACCGCUGCUCAGGAGGUCCGCAGUACCAUCCCCGAAGAGUGCGGGGAACCGGAGAGCCAGGCUCAGCUCCUCCGACCGGGACAGUCUACUCUCCAGCUCAGGUCAUUGUGGUACUGAAGAGCUAAAUGUCAUUUUGGAUGAUAUUGAAUUUGCUGACAUUAUUCACAGAGCAGAACAAGCCAUUGAAAAUGGUGUUUUUCCAGAAAGAAUAUCACAAGGCUCAAGUGGGAGUUACUUUGUUAAAGAUCCAAAGGGGAAGAUAAUCGGUGUAUUCAAGCCAAAAUCAGAAGAGCCUUAUGGUCAACUUAACCCGAAAUGGACCAAAUAUUUUCACAAAGUCUGCUGUCCUUGCUGCUUUGGGCGUGGCUGCCUUGUUCCAAAUCAGGGAUAUCUGUCUGAAGCUGGAGCAUAUUUAGUGGAUGAAAGACUUGGAUUGGGUGUUGUGCCUAAAACAAAGGUAGUGUGGCUCGUCAGUGAAACGUUUAAUUACAAUGCAAUAGACCGUGCAAAGUCGAGAGGCAAGAAAUAUGCCUUAGAAAAAGUACCAACAGUAGGUCGAAAAUUUCACCGCAUAGGUUUACCUCCAAAGAUGGGUUCUUUCCAGCUUUUCGUUGAGGGAUAUAAGGAAGCAGAUCACUGGCUUAGGAGAUUUGAAACUGAACCUCUGCCUGAGAAUACUAGAAAGCAGCUCCAGUCUCAGUUUGAAAGACUAGUCAUUUUAGACUAUGUCAUUAGAAAUACUGACCGAGGCAAUGAUAAUUGGCUAAUCCGAUAUGAAAGUCAAGAGGAAUACAUGGAAUGUUCGGAGAAAGCUGCUGACUUCCAAGUGUCUAAGGAUUGGACUGAAAAAGAACCUGUUAUAAAAAUUGCAGCAAUAGAUAAUGGUCUGGCAUUCCCAUUUAAACAUCCUGAUGAGUGGAGAGCAUAUCCAUUCCUCUGGGCAUGGCUUCCACAAGCUAAAGUUCCUUUUAGCCAGGAGACAAGAGACCUAAUUCUUCCACGUAUCUCUGAUAUGAACUUUGUGCAGGAUCUUUGUGAAGAUCUUUAUGAGCUGUUUAAAACGGAUAAGGGAUUUGACAAAGCAACAUUUGAAAAACAGAUGUCAGUAAUGAGAGGGCAGAUCCUAAAUCUGACACAAGCUUUAAAGGAUGAGAAGAGUCCUAUUCAGUUGGUACAGAUGCCAAAAGUCGUGGUGGAAAGAAGUCAAGGUGGAGGUCAGGGCAGGAUUGUUCACCUGAGUAAUGCUUUUACACAAACCUUCCACUGCAGGAAGCCAUUCUUCUCUUCCUGGUAGCAAAACAAGAGGAUCUCGUGUCUUCAGUCUUAAGCUGCUGUUUUGCACAAUUACUGCAAUAGCUGAAAACUACUGUCAGUCCCUAUUGGUUGCCAAAGGAUGUACAAUUUUUGAAUGUAAUUCAGUUUACGGUUAAUUGUAGGAUUAAAAUCAGGGUUUCAGGAAGCACUGUUAUUGACUUGAACUGUAUAAUUCUUUUCAACAUCAAAAAACUUGUAUAGGAUGGGGAAAGAGGACAUUUCAGAAGAGAUAAGUGGAGUAUGCCUUUCACAGGGUUUCAUAUAUGCUGGAAUUGUGUGUCCUUAAUUUACAAAUUGCAGUUUUGAUGUAUACAAAAUUGUAAAAAGAAUAUGUAUAUCACAUUUAAUGUAUUUUUUAUUUUCCUUGACUUAUGAAAUACAAUUUCUGCAUUUUCCAAUGUGCCAUGUGCACUCUAGAUGGGGGAAUUAAAUCUUUUCUUGUGUAUGAAAUAUUUCUGAAUGUUUUCUCUUUGGGAUAUAGGGACCAAUUUAUCUCUGUUUUUCUCUGUCAUAAUUCAAUCCGGUACUUGCAUUUCAUUUACAGGGUGUGACCGCACACAAAGAAACGUAAUGGUAAGUUCAUCUUUGCGGAAAAAUGCAUUAUACCGUCAUGGGUGCUUUAUUUAAAAAAACACUGUAGCUUUAAAAUAUGUAGAUUCCACUACUACAAUUGCACCUUACCUGUAAGCCCAUUGUUUACCCGCAGCCUGGCUAAAAAUCUGGGACUGGGAUCCCCUAUCCUAGCAGUGAUUCUGGGACAAUGUCAUAUGUUGGACAGGCCCCCAGCAUUAACAACACGAGCAUCAGCUCAAGACCGAUGCUGUGCUCCCUCUUUUUUGCUUCGGGAGAGGGAGAGCUCACUAUGUGCUCCUUCUAGUGAUGCUUGAGGUGUGCCCAACAUACCGCAUUGUACAAUUUUUGGCAGAGGUAAACUAACACUUUAAAUCUGGCCAUACGCUGAUUGAAGUGUGGCCGGCCCAACAGGGAGCUGCUGAAUUUCGAUCAGUGCAUGACCUCCUGAACAAAGAAAAAAACUGUAUGACCAGUUCCAUCAAAUAUCAUUGAUGGCACAAGCUGGUCAACAGGCAGUGAAGUGACUCGUAUAAUCAACCUGGAACUCUAAUGUGUAAUCUGUUUACUGUGAAUAAUCCCAUCUGUACUUUUUUUUUCUUUCGCUCCUACCCCGUCGGUGUUUACAAAGUUUCUAUAUCAUGACAGAUUUUUCCCUCCUCAUGUAGACCUUUUGAUUGUAGACAUUUAGUCUUUUACCAUCAAAGCUGGACUUCAGGAUGUGUGUGUGUGUGUGUAUAUAAUAUAAAAAUUGAUCUGUUUGGACCAGCCUGGCCCGAACGAGCCAUUUUCUUAACCAGCCAUUCUCAACCCAGGGUUCCAUGGAAGCUAGUAUUCCUCCCAAAGGUUGCUAGGGGUUCCUUGAGCUAUGGCUGCUUGACCUCCCAUUCAAUAGGGCUUGCAUAGAGCCAGGGGUCUAUCAUUUGACAGGGCCAUCUGCCUGAACCCAUUUUAGUUGUCUGUAUAGGGUGACAUUUUUCCCACUGGCCACUAAUGUAAGGGGCUUUUUGUCACACUGACCUCUAUUAAAUUGAUUUUUGUAAGGAUUCCUCUGGGGGCAAAAAGUUAGGAGAAACUGUUCUACACGAACGGGGGCACCUGCUGGGUGUGCUGUAUAAACUGUAUGCACAAUCGGCUACAAUACAGCACACAGUGCCAGCUGUGGGAAUGCGAACAUCCAGUUCCACAUAUGAACCAAGAAGCUGUGUGUUUUACAUAAGUUCAGGUGGCAUACAAAAAAAUAUAUAUUUUUUAAAUGUCUUUCCACCAUCUCCGCAGUUGGCAUUAAAUGGAUAAGCUUGUCAGGGGAGGACCUAAUCGGUGUGCUGUAUUGCUCAGUCAUUGGGCUAGAGAAUAAGAUCAUUCUCAAUAUAGAGAUUGCCGCUGUGUAUGAAGCUGUUUGCCUGAAGUUCAGCUUUCAAGAAAAUCAUGGGAGGUGCCAUUUUUAUGUUUAUGAAGUUAUAAGCUGAGGGGGGGGGGUGUUACCCUCAGACGUCCUUAGCUGGUCAUUGAUCUGUAGCAAGCCUCUGACAUCUCAUAUAUGUAUACUUGUUCAAAAUUAUGAAUUGGCAAGGAUGAGUAUGGCAGACAUGAAGGCUGCACCGGCAAAAACAAGUUAUUGAAAGCUUCCAUAUUUCUUUCAUGGCAAGAUUCUUUUACACAAACUUUGCCUUAUAUUGACACAAAAAGCCUUGUGUAUGUAGUGAAAGAAAUCUAGGGAAUUUCCAUUAAAGUGACUGACGCACACCAGCUGAUUUGACACCGACUCAGUCUAUGCAUCGUAACCUUGUGAUGUACCCCCCCCCCCCCCUUUAGGGAGAUUAAAACGAUUAGGGCAGCUGGAAAGGACUAUUAUAAUGGGAAUAUUGCCUACCGGUCUGCCACAAGUCUCUAACCGUUCCAAUUUUUAGUAUUGGAUUAUGUGGCCUGCAGCCCCUUUUGCCUUGUGGGUGCCGGCAUCAUUUGUGCACUUUAAAUUACAUUUUGCCAACAUCUGCCCUCAAGUACACAGGUGGCUGGCACACCUAAACCUCAUUCCUGUGGUGGAUGGGUACAUUUCCUGCUGAUCCUACAGCCUCCCUAAUUGUUUAAUAGGGGGGGUCUUCAUUUUAAGGUGUUCACAGGGCGUUUGCACAGCUCUCCUAAAUGACCUUCCUCCUGGGAGCAGCGUUUUGGGGAAAAACUGCUUGGCCCUUGUAAAUGCACUUAGAAGCAUCAAGCACUUGGCUGUUUAUCUCAUUGAAAUUAAUGCUUGAUGUGUCUAGUGUGAACAUGCCUCAAGCAAUUUUUUUCCCUCCCUGCCAAAACACUGCUGCUCCUGGACGCAAUGGGGUAUUUUUCUGCCUGUAAAUGCCUGUGUGUGCACAUGUACACAUAUGAUAAAAUGGAGGGGCAGAGAAAAAAAAGCCAGAUGCCCCUAAAAUCAGUGUUUUUAACACUCAUGUGUCACGGUUAAUAUAAGGUAAAAGAACCUAUACCAUUUCUGUUUUUUGUUGAUUUAGAGUGCAACAUUUCUUAGGAAGUGUGUAAGGACUCCCCCUUGUCACUGUAGGGAACAGGUCAGCAUGGAGGGAUUUCACUUUCACGUGUCCAUUUACACAAUCAUAUUAUCAAGAAUUGUGUGAAGGCAGCAGAUUCAUUGGAAUGGGCUGCUAAACACACACCAAAAAAAGGUGCUAGCACAGCAGCAUGUCACAAUGCACAGUAGUGUGUUGUAGUGCCACUCACAAUGAAUGGCACCGGUGUACCCAACUGUGUAUAUUGUGCGUUGCUGCAGCACAAUAGUGUGAAUCCAGCAAAAGGCAAUUUACUAAAACCGGUGCAACUGGGCAUAGUACCCAGUCGGUUACGAACUACAGCUUGUUCAAUGAGGCUCCAUUCUCACAUUUUAAUCUUAAUAGCACCCCAAGCGCGGUGCGAAGCAUGUCGCCAAAAAAAAGUUCCAGAACUUCCUUUGGGCGACAUGAGUUGCGUGACAAUAUCGCACCGUGUUUGGGGUGCUUUUGAGAAAUGAUGGGUAUCGCAAUUGCGUCCUGCUGCGUUUCUGAAAUCAUGGGCAGAAUUGCAGUGAUUUUGCCUGCUAUCCAGGUCUUGUAUACAUUUUUGCUACCAAAAAAAAACACACUAGGGCUUAUUUUCAGGGGAUAUCUUAUUUAAUUACGGCAUUAAAGGGGUUGUAACCCUAAAAAAAGUUUUUUUUUUUAAAGCAUGAUAGAUAGCACAGUGCUUGUGCUGCAUCAUUUACCCCUCUCCAUGUUCUAAAAAUCAAUCAUGAAUAAAUCAAUACAAAAAGUUUCUGUCACCCUCCCAUGGUCAGGUCAGAAGUCUGUUUAAUAAAAAAAAAAAAAAA